AUGCCAGCCCACUUCCAGCAAAGUGUUCUGCAGCAAUUGAUCCCGAUGCUGGUGGUUCUAUCGAUCGUGGCGGCCCUUCCAUCGAUCGGUGUGCGGGAGUCCACCUCACUCAACGACAUCGAUCAACGUUCGCCGCAGGCUGCCAAACUGGGAAGCGCGCAGGAGGAACCAUCCGGUCACGGGCCGGAGUACGAGUUUGCGUACGGCGUGCGGGAUCCGGUGACCGGUGACCACAAAGACCAGUGGGAGCGGCGCACCGGAGACGUUGUGAAGGGUGUGUACAUGCUCGAGGAGGCCGACGGAACGCAGCGCAUCGUCGAGUACGAGGCAGACGGUGAGCGAGGCUUCCGGGCGGUCGUUACGAAUGUGAAGUUGCGGAAAGGCUCGCCACAGCGUGAUGGACAGCCCGACAUGGCCGCGCACAGCUACAACAUGCUGCGAGCAGCGAGUUCCUGA